AUGGCUGGGCGGCGAGAUCUUAACAGGGAGCCGUGUCCAGACCGGAUACUGGAUGAUAUGGGAGGCGCCUUCGGAAUGGGUGCCUUGGGGGGAUUUCUGUGGCACUUCGCCAAAGGGUGGCGGAAUUCGCCAAAGUAUGAAAAAUUCAACGGAGCGAUGUUUUCGGGGACGCUCAAAUCCCCAGCAGUAGGCUCAGCUUUUGCCACCUGGGGAGGUAUUUUUUGCGCCUUUGACUGCACGCUCGCGUACGCCAGGGGGGGCAAGGAGGAUUCUUGGAAUCCGGUGCUGGCAGGGGCUGCUACUGGUGGGGUUCUCUCUAUGAGGUCAGGGUGGAAAAGUUGUGCGCGUAAUGCUGUUGUGGGUGGCGUUCUCCUUGGGAUUAUCGAAGUUGUACAAAUAAUGUUUCUCCGUGGAACCCCCGCAAUAACUCCACGUAAACAGUUUCAACAGAUGAAGGAGUACGAGGAGAUGCAGCAGAGGCAGGCACAAGCUGGAAGCUCCCCUUCACUGUGGUCCAGACUUCUUCCCACUACUCCUGCUGCAGCUCCGCAAUCCCAACCGGCGUCAGAGCUACUACAUGACUCUGCAACACUUAGGUGA